UUCGUUGUUUUUGCUAGGCGGACUUUUUUUUUUAUGGAAGAGAGGGCCUGUACAUAACCCCACGUGACGCCUUCAACCACGCACACUCCCUUCUUGACCACCGCUCCGAGAACAUCGCCGCCGACGACAUGAAGCUCACGAUUCUUUUGUUAAUACUGGGCCUUUCAGCUGCGUGGGCAGCUGAAGAAUCUCCCGUAGAAGUGCCAGAAAAGGUAGAAGCGCCAGAAAAGGACGAUACUGAAGCUGGUAAACCAGCCACAGCAGAAGAAGAUGCUACUCAACGUGAUAAAAGGCACUAUUUCUUCCCCUAUUUUCCAGAAUAUGGUUUCACUAGGGGACACCAUGAUGGUCUUCCAGAUGUGAUUGACACGGCACCAAGAGACUUCCAGCGUUAUUAUGGACACGGAUUUAGACCCUCCUUCAAUCCUUACAUGUAUGCUCAUUUUUAUCCUUACCAUCCGUUUUACAAUCCUCAUGGAUUUGUCAACAGAGGUCAUAGAUGGUCUGCAGCUUAUAUCUCUAGUCAAGGAUUUGGAGAUGAUUGUUCUCGUUUCCCACCACAUACACAUGGAUCUGGUCAACCAGGACAACCUCCUUCAGGCACUACCCCUGGUAGUGGUGUAUCAGGUGGGUCCCCAGAUUCCUCAGCUGCAGGCAGUACAGGCUUUGGGCUCAAUGUGUCACCCUCUUUUGGCACCGGAGGACCUACAGGAAGCUCUGGUAGUUUUGGAGCACCUGGUAGUUUUGGAGCACCUAGUAGCUCUGGUGGUUUUGUAGGAGGUAGUAGCACAGGCUUUGGAUCAAAUGGUGGGUCUGGAUUUGGAUCAGGUGGCUCAAGCUUUGGAUCAACUGGUGGCUCUGGAUUUGGGUCAAGUGGCUCAAGCUUUGGAUCAACUGGUGGGUCUGGAUUUGGGUCAGGUGGCUCAAGCUUUGGAUCAACUGGUGGGUCUGGAUUUGGGUCAAGUGGCUCAAGCUUUGGAUCAAAUGGUGGGUCUGGAUUUGGGUCAAGUGGCUCAAGCUUUGGAUCACCUGGUGGGUCUGGAUUUGGGUCAGGUGGCUCAAGCUUUGGAACAAAUGGUGGGUCUGGAUUUGGGUCAAGUGGCUCAAGCUUUGGAUCAACUGGUGGGUCUGGAUUUGGGUCAGGUGGCUCAAGCUUUGGAUCAAAUGGUGGGUCUGGAUUUGGGUCAAGUGGCUCAAGCUUUGGAUCAACUGGUGGCUCUGGAUUUGGGUCAAGUGGCUCAAGCUUUGGAUCAAAUGGUGGGUCUGGAUUUGGGUCAGGUAGCUCAAGUUUUGGAUCAAAUGGUGGAUCUGGAUUUGGGUCAGGUUCUGGUGGGUCAAGCUUUGGCUCUGGAAGUGGAUCUGGUUUUGGAUCAAGCAGUGGGUCGGAUUUUGGAAGUAGUUCAGGCUUUGGUUCUUCAAGUGGUUCUGAUUUUGGAAGCAGUUCGAGUUUUGGUUCUGGUGGGUCUGGUUCAAGCCUUGGCUCUUCUAGUGGAUCAGAUUUUGGAAGCAGCUCAAGCUUUGGUCCAGGGGCAUCUAGUUUUGGAAGUAGCUCAGGUAGUUCUGAUUUUGGAAGCAGCUCAAGCUUUGGUUCAGGGGGAUCUGGUCUUGGAAGUAGCUCAGGUAGUUCUGAUUUUGGAAGUAGCUCAAGCUUUGGUCCAGGGGCAUCUAGUUUUGGAAGUAGCUCAGGUAGUUCUGAUUUUGGAAGCAGCUCAAGCUUUGGUUCAGGGGGAUCUGGUUUUGGAAGUAGCUCAGGUAGUUCUGAUUUUGGAAGUAGCUCAAGCUUUGGUUCAGGGGGAUCUGGUUUUGGAAGUAGCUCAGGUAGUUCUGAUUUUGGAAGUAGCUCAAGCUUUGGUUCAGGGGGAUCUGGUUUUGGAAGUAGCUCAGGUAGUUCUGAUUUUGGAGGUAGCUCAGGCUUUGGUUCUUCUAGUGGCUCUGAUUUUGGAAGCAGCUCAAGCUUUGGUUCUUCUAGUGACUCUGGUUUUGGAGGUGGUUCUAGCUUUGGUUCUGAUUUUGGAAGCAGCUCAAGCUCUGGUUCUUCUAAUGGGUCUGGUUUCGGAAGUGGUUCCAGCUCUUUCGGCAGCAGUAGUUUCAGCGGCUCUAGUAAUUCCCUCACCCCUAGGGAUACAAGUGCAGUUAGUAAUACUACCGACAAAGCACCCCAAGAGAAGCCUGUAAAGGUAUCUGCAACAAGCGACAAACCUAAAAAGGAAACUGCUCCUUAAACAUGUUUACUGAUCUCUCUAGCAUUAAUGUGUAAAGUAUUAGACUGGAAGCAGUUACACGACAACUGCGUCUGGCGUGAACAUAUCUGAUUAUUUACUCUUGCCUUUGCUUCAUAGUUGGCAAACAGGAAAGUGUCUUCCACUAGCUGAGGCUUGAUAGCACCUGUGAUGAUUAUCUAAGUGAACUCUACGUAUUGUUCCUUUUUUUUCCUUCUUACUGCACUGGGAAGCAUCUCCCGUCUGUUGCUUCACUAUUUUACUUUGCCCUGAGAGAUUAUGCAGGAAUUAAGAACUCUGUAUAACACUUGCCUCUAGGUUGUUACCACUUUGUGUGAAGGAAAGAAUGUAGCCAUUUUCAGUACCGUCACUGAAAAAGGAUGAUGUCCGAAAUGGUACAAAAGUUGGCAUUCUUUUCAUGAAUAAUCGACCAAAACUUCUUAUGUGAUAAUAAUGUUUUAGGGCAUUUAUUGUAUUAUAUAUGACUAUAUAGAAUAAAUGAUUUUCUUAAAA